ACACGCACCUGCACCAGAACCGGCCGAAUCGCGUGACGUCAACACUGCCGGCCGCGCUCGUGCUUGCUUAGCCGGCCGUGGCGCGUGCGUGUAGCCAUGAGCGCUGCGUCGAGCGACGACAGCGGCGUGGAGCUGCACAAACGGCGCAACAAGCGCAAGUCGAGUGAGCCCCGGCGUCGGCGGCUGCUGAGCGGCCGACCCCGCCCCUGCCAGGAUGCGGACACGACCGAAGACGACUCGGCGGAGGAGCGCGUUCCGACGAUUGCAUCGGUCGUUGCAGGCCGCGGCUCCGUCAUCCGCGAGGUGCGGCGGACAGUGCCGGACGAGGGCCUCGACCUGACCACCACGUCCAACUCGCCGGCUACUUCGGCUACAUCUACCACUGCGGGCGGCGAUGACGAGUGCCUCCUGGACUUGCGCUCGACAGCGACCCAUCCGUCGAUCUACGAGUCGCGAGAGGCCGGCCCCGUGCUGUUCGGCGGACAAAUUGCACUCUCCGAGCAGCCGGCGCGUCGAGCGCCGGCUCCUCGGCCUGGCUCCUGGACUCCGCCGUGCAAGAGACGCACCACUGGUGACGGCGCAUCGACGGAUAGUUCGAGAGACACCUCCGGUCACCGGGAUAAGCGGAUAGAGCUCUCUCUGUACGGCACCGCAUCAACAUCCUUUUCUGGCGCCAGUACUUCAACGGCGCGUGAGACAUUCGACGCGAGUGACGUGGAACUAAUUCCGAGGACUAGUAGGACGUCCCCGGGCUUGGACAGUACUAGUAGUGGCGGCCGUUCAGCGCAGCGCAACUACAAGGGAAUGACCAGGCAACGGCGCAUCGAGGCGAACGCCCGCGAGCGCUCGCGUGUGCACACAAUCAGCGCGGCGUUUGAAGCGUUACGGCGCGCGGUGCCGGCGUACGCGGACAACCAGAAGCUUUCCAAACUGGCCAUCCUGCGUAUCGCGGCUGCCUAUAUCGUGGCCCUGGCUAGGCUCAACGAGAAAGACUACAGCUAUGACCAACGGGCUCCCUCGUUUGCCGAGUGCAUCGACCUGUGCACACGCACAAUCCAGGCUGAGGGCAAGGCCAGGCGCAGGGGCUCUGCAGCCGCCACUGCCACUAAGGACUCUCUGGAGAUGUCCAGCUGACAUCGGGAGGAGUGCAGCGCUGCGGCAUCAAGUCACUCAACGUCGCAACCAUGAGUCCUGGCGGAAGUGCGAGCCUGUGAACGAGCGCAAAGCGUUGCUAAGCAGCGCUGUUUCAACCGUAUUGCAGGGCAGCUUCCAUUGUGUAUAGACUGACGCAAUCUUUGUGCAAGCUGCCUGCCAACUUCUACUGCGUGUGAUAACCUCCACACUGGCAGGAGGAAAAGAAAACCUGAACUGCAUAUAUUUAAGGAUUUCAUCAGUGACUGCCUUGGCGCGGUGUUUAUUUUGUCAUUGUUGUUGUUCGUACGAAAGGUGUCUUCGCGUGAUAGACGGCGAUGGUAAUUCGCCAAUACGCGGUCUCCUACGGCAAUUGUUCGAGUGGUGCUUCUCGUAAGUGUUACCAAGACGGACACGCCCACAUAACCGAGCGGCUUUUCCGCUAAUUGUGGUGUCAUGAAAGCUUACCUGACUGCUGGAACGACGCUGCAAGGGCGAAAUUUGCAUAGCCUAGCAAUUCGAAUGCCAUAAAAUCAUGUUUUUAUUUGGAUUCGAGAAAAAACUGGCCUUUAGCUUCUCUCAGUUGCCCAACUGUUAUUUUUGCCACGGUACUAUUUUUUUUUUCCUGUGGCAGGCGGGAAAUACUGGCGGCAUGUGCCACAAUGAUUUCAGACAAACUGGCGCUGUACAGAACGAUGUAAUGCGGCAGUAGUCUCUCCCGGACAGCAAGUUCUGUAAACGAAGCAAUUUGUUGUGAAAUGCGUAGUGAGCAGAGGGAAAUUUAAGGGAAAACGGAUAUGAGAGGCCACCUUGUCGAGAUGAGUACCCGCACCCGAGAGUGCCAAGCCGGGUUAACUCUCUGAUAAGAAGACAAAAAAAAAA